UGUAAUGCAACUGUCACCGUUGAUGUUCCUGCUAGUGGCUGUGAAUAGAUAGAUAUGGCAGUUUCAGUUGUUGGAGGAGGUUGGAGGUUUCUGUGUCACCGGAGGGAAAACCCACCAAACUCACCCUUGUUCCUCCAAAGCCCAAUGCCAAUUCGCUUCUCCACAACUACAACGAGCUGGUCUUGUGUUAUCCCUCGAGCUCGGGACCCCAAAACAGGAGAACAAAACUCCACCAACACUUCUCAAGUGGAGGAUUUAGUAUAUGUUGCAAAACUAGCAGCGGGUUCUUUUGUGGGUGCUGGUGCAGUCAAGUAUGGCAGUGCUGUUUUCCCUGAGAUUACAACUCCCAACCUUGUUCUUGCUCUAAGCAUCAUCUUAACUCCAGUGGUUGUUGCUGUCUUGCUUUUGAUCAAGGAAAGUCUCGCAAAGCCGUAGAGAGACAUUGUUUAUUCGUGUCUGAAACAAAACAGUGUUAUACAAUACCAUUUGUAUUUUGUAUGUUAUCAUAAUGUUUUUGUAUGGUUGGUUUGUAACUUUGUAUAAUGGACAUCACCAGUGCCAAAAAAGAAAGGACACAGUUGUCGAAUAAAUCUAGUAUUGAUACCUAAA